AGGUCAUUGGCUGUAAACCUUAGCGAUAAUGGCUGCUCAGAUUUCAGAGUCGGAUCAAAUUAAACAGUUCAAAGAGUUUCUUGGGACGUAUAAUUCAUUGACGGAGAACUGCUUCCUGCAUUGUGUGAAGGACUUUACAACACGAGAGGUGAACCCCGAGGAGAUUUCCUGCUCCGAGCACUGUCUGCAGAAGUAUUUGAAGAUGACACAGAGGAUAUCUAUGAGAUUUCAGGAGUACCAUAUACAACAGAACGAGGCUCUGGCAUCUAAAGCAGGACUUAUGGGCCAACCUCGAUAACGGUGGGAAGAAUCUGCUGAUCAGAAUUCUACCGUCCUAGCAAAGAGCGAUAUGUGGUGCUCAUGAAAGCUGCACGGGAGAGGUAAUAGUGCUCCGAUCU